AUGGCCGCUACGUACGCACCCCCUCCAGAGUCGCUGACGUCUCUGGUCCCAUCGUUAUCAUAUACGACCUGGGGCAGAUGGGAUCCCAAUGCCACAUCUUCCGCGAAUGAUACGAACAACCCUUAUGGAAAUGCGGCUUGGACUGCACUGUGGGAAGCAGCCAAACCCCCAAAUUUUACUGAGCAGGCACUCUACAGCACGACCGUGGAACCAACCGCCCUUCCAACAGAUGAAUUGAUAUUGCCUCCGGCAGAUUACUUUGGACCGACGGACUGUUAUCAAUUUCCUGAGGACUUCAUGUUUGGAGUAGCAGGCUCAGCGUCGCAGAUCGAAGGCGCCACCGCUGAAGAAGGCAAGGCACCGACGUUAAUGGAUAUCUUGGUUCAGGAUGAUAGGGCAAAAGACUACGUUACAAAUGAGAACUAUUAUCUGUACAAACAAGAAGUCGAACGGUUGGCCUCAAUGGGCGUCAAAUACUACUCCUUCAGUCUUGCUUGGAGUCGCAUACUUCCCUUUGCGCUCCCGUCAACUCCCGUCAACCAGCAAGGAUUACAGCAUUACUCAGACUUGAUCGAUUUCGUCCUUGCUAAAGGCAUGAUCCCAACAGUGACACUGUUUCAUUUCGACACGCCUUUGCAAUUCUUUGCGGGCAAUCUUACCGCGGCACAAGAACCUCCAUUGAUUGGCUAUGUCAACGGUGGUUAUCAGAAUGAAACCUUUGUUGAUGCUUUCGUCAACUAUGCUAAGAUAGCUAUGUCCCACUAUGCAGACCGAGUUCCCGUCUGGUUCACAUUCAACGAGCCACUGCUGUACUCGGACAAUGGCCAAUCAGUCAACAAUGUUAUCAAGGCUCACGCGCAAGUCUAUCACUUCUACAAAGAAACGCUGGGUGGUACAGGCAAAAUCUCCAUAAAGUUCAACGACAACUUCGGCGUUCCUCGCAAUCCUUCGAACCCUAACGAUGUAUAUGCAGCUGACCAUUUCAAUUCUUUCCAACUGGGCACAUUCUGCAAUCCGAUCUUCCUUGGAAUCGACUAUCCGGACUCGUUCAAGCAGACGGUUCCUGAUUAUGUUCCUUUGACGACAGAGGACCUUGCAUACAUCGGUGGAACAGCUGAUUUUCUCGGUAUAGACCCAUAUACUGCUACUGUAGUGACCCCGCCCGUUCCAGAUUCCAUCGAUUCGAUACUCGAAUGCACGACGAAUUCCUCGAGUCCAUAUUCGCCUUAUUGCGUUAAUCAAACUACUGUCAACCCUGCAGGUUGGAACAUCGGGUACCGAUCGCAGUCAUAUGUCUACAUCACCCCGACCUAUCUGCGACUGUACCUGUCAUAUCUAUACAAUACGUUCAAAACGCCCGUCAUCAUCACAGAAUUUGGGUUUCCAGUCUUCGCCGAAGACGAGAAGAUCGACCUCAGCGAUCAGCUCUUUGACACGCCUCGUUCGAUUUAUUACCUGAGCUAUAUGUCAGAGGUGUUGAAGUCAAUCUGGGAGGAUGGUGUGGAAGUCGCCGGGGCCUUUGCAUGGAGCUUCGCAGACAAUUGGGAGUUUGGAGACUACUCAGCUCACUUUGGCUUGCAAACAGUGAACCGGACCACGCAGGAGAGGAGAUUCAAGAAGAGUUUCUUCGAUUUGGUGGACUUUGUGAACGCCAGGUCAUAA